AUGCGGCGAAAUGAAGCCUCGAAGCCGUUGACACCUGCCGUGAAGAACACGGGCAUCCCACCAUCAGCGGUGGCCACCGAAGAAGCGCCUCAGCAGUCGCAUGGCGGUCUUGCGGCGGCAGCCAAUCUCCCGGCGAAGAAGGCAGCAACUUCACACCCUGGCGUGCAACAACGAAGCAAUGAGGCAGCGGAUGACCUCAAUAGAAUGGGAGCUGAUCAACGAAACAAAACGGCAGCGGAUGGUCUCGAUAGAGUGAGAGCUUCAUCCCACGCCGAGGGGAGAAAGGCCGCUGAAGCAGCAGCAAAGCAGGCGAAACAAUCUUUGAAGCAGCUCGAUUUGGAGCUUGAUAAAGAGAGAAGAGCGAGGACCGCAGCGGAGAGCACAUUGCACCAGCUCCAGCUACGGGCCACCGAGUCGGACCUCGAACGAGAGAAGCUGGAAAGGGUUCUCGCAUCUUUUGGUGGCCGCUCCCUCCAAGAGAUCACCACCGCGUCCCAGCUCCUGGAACGUCGACUUAAAGAGGCUGAAACGGCGCUGGUCAACUCGCAGCAGCUCACAGCCGCGAAAGCUGCCGAAGGCUUGGAGGCUUUGGAGCAAGCGGCCAGCCUUGCUGAGCAGCUGGAGACUGAGCGGGUCGCGAGAGCCGCUGCCGAGGAGGCAAGGAGAAGUGUCACCCAAGAGCUGCGAUGCUGCCUUCGGGGUCGUGCGAACGCGGAGCAGCAAGCGCGGGCGGCGACGGCGGCCCUGAAGAAAUCCGAAGCGCAGAGGGAGUCGCUCGCGCAGCGACUCGAAGUUCUUCGGACGGCGAACAAGCGCUUGGACAAGAGGGUAGCAGCUGUCGCCCUUCAAUCUUCUGUCGGGGCAAGGGCUAGGAGCAAUGCUGGGGGUGGCGGUGGUGCUACUGACGAUUCGGUUGCAAGACUUGCCGCGGCUAGAGCUCGCCUAAAGGUUCUCUCGACUUCCGGUGCUGCUGUGAGCUUGAACAACAACACCGGAAAAGGACGAGGCCAGUCGCAUGCUGGAGAAGAAAGAGCUGCCGUCGAGAGGGCCGUGGGUACCGUAGCGGCCGAGAAGCAGUGGCGAGAUAAGCUUCGCAACGCCGAAAUGCAGGGAGAAGUCUUUCAGUCAGCCGCCAAGGCCUCUGCGACCGGCAUGAAAAUCGCGUUGAAGCAGAAGGCAGAGCUGGAGGAGAUGAACCGUGUCUUGGUCAAGCAACUCGCUGGUGACAUGCCCGCUGAAGAACGCGAACUGAUCGGCAGGAUGGCAGAUGAUGAAGACGUGAUUAGAUCACCAGCAGCGCCCCUUGUUGUUGGUACUGAUGCCGACGGAGCCUUGCAAUCGGUCGAGGCAAGAAGGAGGGAAAGAAACAACGAUGCCGCCGUCACCACCCUGCGUGAUCCCCCAGAAACUAAGACCGGCGGCAGUCAGAUCCUACAGCGUCGACGCUUGCAGGAGUGGCGCAACAAGGACAACGUCGCCGUGGCGCCACGACGGUUGUCCUUCCCGGCCACGCUCCGCCUCUGCUAG